AUGGCGCUCAAAUCUGGUGUAUUCGCUUGCCUCAUCCUUGCAUUGUGCGUGAGCUGCAACAACGUCAUGGCAGAGGAGAACUCCGGCAAGGAGACUGAGAAGAGCGGCAUCAUCAUCGGCCGCGGCCUCCCAAGUGAGACUGAGAAGAGUGGAGCGCCCUUCCUCCCUCGGUCGGAGAACCUCGAGGAGACUGAGAAGAGCGGCAUCAUCAUCGGCCGCGGCCUCCCAAGUGAGACUGAGAAGAGUGGAGCGCCCUUCCUCCCUCGGUCGGAGAACCUCGAGGAGACUGAGAAGAGCGGCAUCAUCAUCCCGCGGCCUCCCAAGUCGCCCUUCCUCCCUCGGUCGGAGAACCUCGAGGAGACUGAGAAGAGCGGCCUCAUCAUCAUCCGCGGCCUCCCAAGUGAGACUGAGAAGAGUGGAGCGCCCUUCCUCCCUCGGUCGGAGAACCUCGAGGAGACUGAGAAGAGCGGCAUCAUCAUCGGCCGCGGCCUCCCAAGUGAGACUGAGAAGAGUGGAGCGCCCUUCCUCCCUCGGUCGGAGAACCUCGAGGAGACUGAGAAGAGCGGUGACAUCAUCAUCCGCGGCCUCCCAAGUGAGACUGAGAAGAGUGGAGCGCCCUUCCUCCCUCGGUCGGAGAACCUCGAGGAGACUGAGAAGAGCGGCAUCAUCAUCGGCCGCGGCCUCCCAAGUGAGACUGAGAAGAGUGGAGCGCCCUUCCUCCCUCGGUCGGAGAACCUCGAGGAGACUGAGAAGAGCGGCAUCAUCAUCGGCCGCGGCCUCCCAAGUGAGACUGAGAAGAGUGGAGCGCCCUUCCUCCCUCGGUCGGAGAACCUCGAGGAGACUGAGAAGAGCGGCAUCAUCAUCGGCCGCGGCCUCCCAAGUGAGACUGAGAAGAGUGGAGCGCCCUUCCUCCCUCGGUCGGAGAACCUCGAGGAGACUGAGAAGAGCGGCAUCAUCAUCGGCCGCGGCCUCCCAAGUGAGACUGAGAAGAGUGGAGCGCCCUUCCUCCCUCGGUCGGAGAACCUCGAGGAGACUGAGAAGAGCGGCAUCAUCAUCGGCCGCGGCCUCCCAAGUGAGACUGAGAAGAGUGGAGCGCCCUUCCUCCCUCGGUCGGAGAACCUCGAGGAGACUGAGAAGAGCGGUGACAUCAUCAUCCGCGGCCUCCCAAGUGAGACUGAGAAGAGUGGAGCGCCCUUCCUCCCUCGGUCGGAGAACCUCGAGGAGACUGAGAAGAGCGGCAUCAUCAUCGGCCGCGGCCUCCCAAGUGAGACUGAGAAGAGUGGAGCGCCCUUCCUCCCUCGGUCGGAGAACCUCGAGGAGACUGAGAAGAGCGGCAUCAUCAUCGGCCGCGGCCUCCCAAGUGAGACUGAGAAGAGUGGAGCGCCCUUCCUCCCUCGGUCGGAGAACCUCGAGGAGACUGAGAAGAGCGGCAUCAUCAUCGGCCGCGGCCUCCCAAGUGAGACUGAGAAGAGUGGAGCGCCCUUCCUCCCUCGGUCGGAGAACCUCGAGGAGACUGAGAAGAGCGGCAUCAUCAUCGGCCGCGGCCUCCCAAGUGAGACUGAGAAGAGUGGAGCGCCCUUCCUCCCUCGGUCGGAGAACCUCGAGGAGACUGAGAAGAGCGGUGACAUCAUCGGCCGCGGCCUCCCAAGUGAGACUGAGAAGAGUGGAGCGCCCUUCCUCCCUCGGUCGGAGAACCUCGAGGAGACUGAGAAGAGCGGCAUCAUCAUCGGCCGCGGCCUCCCAAGUGAGACUGAGAAGAGUGGAGCGCCCUUCCUCCCUCGGUCGGAGAACCUCGAGGAGACUGAGAAGAGCGGCAUCAUCAUCGGCCGCGGCCUCCCAAGUGAGACUGAGAAGAGUGGAGCGCCCUUCCUCCCUCGGUCGGAGAACCUCGAGGAGACUGAGUCCUAUCGAAUGUUCAUCCUGAGUGCUGAUUUUGAAGAUGAGCUUGACAAGGAUGGCCAGAGCUUCCAUUGGACGCUCGAGCUCCAGCCGCAGCUCUUGGAUCACGGCUGUCACCUGUCCGGGCUGCGCGUGGCCAGCCAACUCCCGGAGGCUGGAGGUUGUUUGAAAUGCUUGGAAUGUUGUGACGAUCCCAACCAGGGGGUCACUUUGCUUCGCAUCGGCAGGCAAGCCUCACAGCCGGAAUCCAACGAGAUGCUCUUUGUGGGACAUGAAGUGGAGGCGGUGUCCAUCGCGGCCAACCUGCCGAACGAGACGCGGCAGCCGCAGGAGCCCCUGCGACCCAGGCAGCGGCCUCCCUUUCCGGGCGUUCCGGUGGACCCCGCCUCGGGAUGGGCCAUGAUGGGCCCCCCUCAUCAUGACAUCCUGCAGGUCAGGAGACUCGCACGCGUGCCACCCGCGCAGCUGAAAAUUAGUGGUGUCGAUGGCUGGCUUCACAAUCUUUUUGCCUUCUGGGUCGAUGAUCUCAAAAAGGACUCGAGGUUUUCAGAUGGGUCCAAGAAAUACGGUAAAACCUUUGAAGUUCAACUCAUCCUUGUUCUUCUACCUCUGAAGUUGCACGUUCUGAACCGCUUUUGCUUGGCCCUCUGGGCAUGUGAAGUCACCGAAAAGAGACAGUUUUUGAGGACCCAUGAGCAGAUCCCCAUGCAAUUUGUUGCAGUUGAAGCCAGCCCGGAGAUUUCUGCCCAGUAUGCACUGACCCACCGAGCCCAUUUGAUAGCUGCAUCCGACAGACUCCCAGAUGAUCUUUUCCUAAAUGACUUGGACUGGAUUGUACAGGCAGAUGUGUUCAACCUGAACCUUAGGAAAGCCGUUCAUACAUGGAUGCCGACCAUCAUUUGCAUUAGCAGUCCAUGCCCACCAUGGAGCACAGCCGCAGCAUCCGCUGGACUACACUCGAAAGAGGGACUGCUCCUUGCUCAGAGUAUCCUGGAAGCCAGAUUUGCUCGACCGGCAUUUUUGUUGAUUGAACAGGUAGCUGGAUUUGCUUUCCACCAACACAAGCCUUUGAUUGAACAACUCCUUUUGUACUGUGGAUUCCAAUUGAUUUUCCAGAAGACGUUGGACCUGAAAGACGUUUCACAGCCAGCUAGACUCCGAUGGUUAGGAAUUGCCCGAAGAGUGCAUGCAUCCGUCAUGAAACCGAACAUCCAGGCCUGGCCUCGGAAACAUGCUAGCACUUUCCCGAAUCCACAACUUCAUUUGCCAGAAUCCCUGCGACACCAGACCAUCGUCACAGCACAAAUGGAGGAAGUAGCCAGCUCACUGGAAUAUGCCAAGCACAAGACCAAGGGGACACCAGCGCAGAUUCUGCAGGCAAAGAUUUUCCAGCCCACAGAACAUUUGCCUACCUUUAUGGCACGAUAUGGCACUCAACAUUUGCUGGAAAAAUCCCUAUUGAAAGAAAAAGGCUACUUUGGACAUUUUGUUCAUGAUUCAGCAGCCCCGAAAGGAUUCCGACUUUGGCACCCAAGUGAGGUUGUCCUUGCCCAUGGACUUGCAGAUGUCAUGCAUAUUCCAAACGACUUCAUCUUGGCAAACAAAAUUGUAGGCAACAUGAUUGCUGUACAGCAUGCACUACCGUCUGCACCACCACCUUCAUCACAACUGACAGACGCAGAGGUUGACAUCGAGGACACUCUACCAGACACCUUGAUCUGGCAGCCACUGAUCCGAGGAGAAGUUCAAAUGGAGGAAUUGAAUUUGAUCUCGGUUGAACCAAAAGUGGCACUGCUCAAGCAGCACCAGAUCAGUAGCGUAGCUAGCACUCUGUAUGACCAAUUUGGCCAGAUUGCAGUUUUCCAGACCGCUUCUUUUGAUGCAGUUUUGACGGAUAGGUGUGAAGAACCUGAUGCACCAGAAGUCCUACUGAAAUGGGAUUCUAGGCCACUUUGGAGGGGAGCUUUGCAUCCGAGCCAUGACAUUCGCACCAUAGCCAUGAUCCUGUGCCAUGCCCUUUUCCCUAUUUCCAAGGGAAAAGUGUACCGAAUUGUUUCAAAAGGCAAGCAGCAAGCACCUGAGACAACCAUGGAAUGCCUUCGCAGCACCAAUCAGCAGCCGGCUCCGAUCGUACUUUUUGCAGUCAUGGAAAUGCAUGGAGGUGGAGCCAAACAGCAGCAGAAAGCAAUCCAGCAAAAUGCACUGGCCACAGCUUUCCUGGAACAGGGACAUCCGCUUGAUUGGACAGCCAAGACUGUAGAUAGUAUCGUGGACAAAGUCAGUUUGCAUAGACUUCAAUCCAUCACCAGCCAACCCAAGAAAAGUACACGUAUCCAGAGUUUGAUGCAACUGUGUGAAGAGCUCAAAAUCCAGAUCCCGGAGCCACCGAAGCCACAAUCACGCGCAGUACCAGCAACCGUUUGCCAGCUCACAGCCAUCACCAUCUACAAGGAAGAUUGGCCUGAUCACACCUGGAUGGAGGCGGUGCACAGCACUAGUGCUUUCAUCAGAAAGGUUCUCCAGACAGACCAGCUUGACAAAAGCCUGCAAGCAAUCUGGGGCAGAUCAUUGCGCAACGGAAGAUCCCCGGCCAGUCCCAAUGAAGCCAUUAGCAUUCAGGUUCAUGCCACGAUUGACUCAGCCAGCUUUGGAAAACUCCUACAGAAGUCAGGAUUCAACAAGCUGUACCUCACACCCAAGCAGCAAACGGGACGCCCAACCAGUGAGUACCGAAUCAUUUGGCUGCACGGAGAAUGCUCAGUUCCAAAAGCCAUCGCAAUCAGUGCCCAGACCAGCGGUUGUGCAGGUUUGGUCAAAGGCAAGAAUGGGGCGCUGGGCCUGAGAUAUCCACAACCAGCUUUUGAUGCAGCAUGGCAAGUCAUCAACCCAAAGAUUGCGCCGCCAACUGACUUUCAAGGCCUCUUGAUGUUCAACACGUCUCCGCUGUUGAUUCGCCUGAUCCAGUCAAGAGAUGCCAAGAAAACCAGAUUGGUGUUGGGGCCUCGCCAGAACCCGACUUACCAAUCAGGACCUGAAGCCGACCCCUGGGCACAAGCAGACCCGUGGUCAAAUUGGAAACCAGCCAGGCCUGCUCUGCAAGCCACAGCACCUGUAGCCCGAAACCUAGAGGGGCCGAUCGAGGCCAAAUUUGACAGCCAGGAACAAAAGAUCUCAGCCAUCCGAACAGAGUUGGACGAGCUUGCACAGAAACAUGAAAAACAUGCCAAAGCAGUCCAAGAAGAAUUUGCCAUCGCCAAACAAAGAGAAGCUGAGGAGUUCUCCAAGGUCCACUAUGGGAUGAAAAAGAUUCAAUCAGACCUGGACAACAACUUGGCCAACACCAUGAAGCAGCACUCCCAAGCCAUGGAACAGCAGUUCAGAGACCUGAAAGCCCUGUUCCAACAGUCGCAAAAGAGAUCAAAACCAGACGCAGGGGACGACCCCAUGGAGUUUUGCAACCUGAUCACUCACCCUUUUGUGCGACAAGGGUUGGAGAAGCAGCCAAUCCUGGCCCUGCACAGCUUGAAGAGAUUAGGAUGCACUGGUCACCACCAGUACCAGCGCAUAGACACCGAUCUGACGGAGACGAAAGCCUCCGUGGAAAAGCAGCCGGUCCACCCUGAACCGUGGUUUGAUGCACAUAAGGUGGUGAUAAUCACCCUGCAAAUGCCCCGAGAACCCUUCACCUACCUUCGCUUGACACUGCCACAUAGCUUCAUGCACUUGCCCUUAAAUGAGGACCACCUGCCUGACCUGAACCUUUGGGUGCAAGCCAUCCGCACACUAAAUCCUAAUAGUGCCAGAGGCACCACCAGGGGAUUUCCUGAAGGAGAUCCUAUGAGCGUCAUGACCAUGAUUUCCAUAGCAACAGCCUGGACUUACAUGAUCACUGACCGUACACCAGCUGCCCAGAUGGCAGCCUAUGCAGAUAACUGGGGAUGGUAUGCCACGUUCGCCGUUGUGAUUGACAUAGCUAGCCAUGAUUCCGAACGCAUUGCAGCUGCCAAACAAUUUGCACAAUCCAGCUUGAUGCCACCCACAUUGCAUACGCUGAGUGUGGGCCGGACUCCUGGACGAGAAGGAAGACACAUCCUUGUACCCUUUGCAAAUGAAGCAGCCCUGGUGGCCUACCAGGGCAAGAUGUCAGAACUUGCACAGACGUUCUCAAUCCUCUGCAAACAAAUUUCGGACCUACAAGAUAAAGAAUUUCUACCACCAAUCGAGAAGGGCCUGGUGCGAAGCAAACGCCUGAUGGGCCGAAAUGGCCGCGGCUUCACCUUGGUUAGGAUCAUCAGUGUUUUAUUCACCAACAUGGCCUCGAUCCGUGUCAUGCCUUCCUACAAGUUGACCUACUUCGACAUCCGCGGCCUGGCCGAGAACGCGCGCAUCCUCUUCGCGGCCGCCAAGCAGCCUUACGAGGACGUGAGGUUGUCCCUGAGCUUCGGCACCCCGGGGGACUUCAGCACCAUCCAACGUCUGUGCCGAGAUGAUCCGAAAGGCGAUUUUUUCAAGGCGACAAUCUGCCUGGAUGGUGGAUGA